UCACUCGGGCCUCGGCUGCGUUGGCCGCUGCGCUCACGCUGCCUGUCUGCGGGCGCGACCGCCCCCUCCGCCCGCUCGGCCCGCAGCGCUCGCUCCAGUUCCCAGGAGCGGGGAUGCAGAUGGCACGGCCGGGCCAGGAGGGCGACGCCGCCACCGCUGCCGCCGCCGCCGCUGCUGGCAUCUCGCGGACUGCGCGCUGCCUCCGCUCCCGCAGCUGCUACUGCUGCUGCUGCCGCCGCCACCGCCUGUGACUCGCCCCCCCCCCUCCCCUUUCUUUCUUCUCGCUCUCUCUUUUAUUUAUUUAUUUAUUUCGUUGGCCUCAGUCUUCUCCCUCCGGGUGUGCGCGCGCGGGCUGCACGGUGUGCUGGGGCAGGAGCUCGCCCCUGUGUGUGCGCGCGAGGGGAAGAGCGUGUGCGUGUCUGGAGGGCGCCCCGAGCCUCAGUGGCUCCGGUGGGGAGUCCAGAAGAGAAAAAAAUAAAAUUAAAUAAAAUUAAAAAAAAAAAAAAAAGAGGACCGAAGCCGGCGGCCGAGGAGGAGGUUGGCGGUGACGGCAUCGGCUCAGACCCCGGGCCGGGCGAUGAAGCUCCCGCAUGCCCGAAGCUACCCGGCCUGGCCGGCGAGCUGAUAGGCGACCACCGGAGCUCGGGGCUCGCCCCCCGCGGCAGGCACGCAACCCUCGGCGACCCGGCGCCCGCUCUGCCCGCGCGUCCACGCCGUGCACCCGGCAAGGAGUUUGCGCGGCUCGCGCCUGGGCUCUCGGAGCGGGUUGCGGGCGGCAGAGCGGACCCUCUGCUGCCGGAGCACCUCGGGGGCAGCAGGAGGAGGACGGCGAGGAGGACUGGGCGGAGAAGCCACUACUGGUCCUCGCCGCUGCCCCUACCUAUCCCCUCCCUCUCGCUCGGAGGCGGAAAGGGGAGGACGAGGAAGAAGAAGAAAAAGAAAGAGAAGGGGGGUGGGGUGGGAGAACUGGAUAUAAAGAUCGGCUGCGGGGGGGGGGAUGGUGGAAGAUUUUUGGUCUCCUCAGCAGCUGCUUUUCUUGCGGCGGCGGCGGCGGCGGCGGCUGCAGGAGGAGGGAAAGCAGCUCUGGUUAUGACUGCCGCAUGUUAAUAGCUCCCGCUUGGGUCCACCGGCUGCAGCGAGAGACACAGCCUGACUCCGAAGUUGUGCAACUGUGCCCUGAGAGAGACAUUUGAACCCUCCUUCUCUUUGCUCCGCUUUUGCCCCCCUGGGGCGUGUGAAGCGAGGAAACGUAAAGGAAGACUAGCAUUGGCUUUCCCGGCUUCCCCUUUCUCCAUGGCUGUGUAGAAGAAGAAAGGAAAAGAGACACUUUUUGUUGUUUCUUUGACUGGGGUCUCCACCCUCCUGUCGUCUCUGCGGUUUGAUCAGUCGUUGCUUGGUGUGACUGGGGUGUCUACAGUGGGACAGGUCCAUCUUUUUUCUGUUUUCUUUUUCUUUCUUCUUCUUUUUUUAUUUCUUCUUUUUUUGUGUGUGUGUGUGCCCCGGGGCUCAAUGGAUGGAUUGUGGAAAACUGCACCGGGUUGCAGGUUGUUGAGCAACUGAUGGGACCAUCUCAGGGACCGGCGGUUACGAAAGAUGCUGAUUUGAAGAACUGCCCUGAAAACUGAAAUGAUUAAUUCAGAAAGGCAGAAGACAAAGCUAUGGAUUUUUAGCAGUCACAGAACAAAUUAAGGUGUCUCAAGUGGGAUAUCAGUGUUUAUUUUUGAGGAAUUUUUCUUUCUGUUUGUGUUUGGUUUUUAAUCAUUGAUAUUGGAGUACUGAAGAGGAGCCAGAAGUCUAUUGAUUUGGUUUCACUUCAGACCAGCCAUUCCUCCGAGAACACAGUCAUGUGGCCACCACAGCUACUCAUCCUCACGAUGCUUUUAGCACCUGUAGUUCAUGGUGGCAAGCACAAUGAGAGACAUCCAGCCCUCGCUGCUCCACUGCGACACGCUGAGCGCAGCCCAGGAGGCGCUCUCCCUCCCAGACAUCUCCUUCAGCAGCCAGCGGCAGAGCGCUCAACGGCUCAUCGAGGACAGGGGCCACGCGGAGCUGCCAGAGGAGUCCGUGGACCAGGUGCCCCAGGAGCACAGAUUGCAGCCCAAGCUUUCAGCCGCGCCCCAAUUCCCAUGGCAGUGGUCCGCAGAGAGCUCUCCUGUGAGAGCUACCCCAUUGAGCUCCGUUGUCCGGGCACAGACGUCAUCAUGAUCGAGAGCGCCAACUACGGGAGGACCGAUGACAAGAUCUGUGACUCGGACCCUGCUCAGAUGGAGAACAUUCGGUGUUAUCUGCCAGAUGCCUAUAAGAUUAUGUCUCAAAGAUGCAAUAACAGAACCCAGUGUGCAGUGGUGGCAGGUCCUGAUGUAUUUCCAGACCCAUGUCCGGGAACAUAUAAAUACCUUGAAGUGCAGUAUGAAUGUGUCCCUUAUAAAGUGGAACAAAAAGUUUUUCUUUGUCCUGGACUGCUAAAAGGAGUGUACCAGAGUGAACACUUGUUUGAAUCUGACCACCAAUCUGGGGCAUGGUGCAAGGACCCUCUACAGGCUUCUGACAAGAUUUACUAUAUGCCCUGGACUCCCUACAGAACUGACACCCUGACAGAGUAUUCGUCCAAAGAUGACUUCAUUGCUGGAAGGCCAACAACUACCUACAAGCUCCCUCACAGAGUGGAUGGCACUGGAUUUGUAGUAUACGAUGGUGCCCUCUUCUUCAACAAGGAGCGGACAAGGAACAUUGUAAAGUUUGAUUUGAGGACUAGGAUAAAGAGUGGAGAGGCAAUCAUAGCAAAUGCUAAUUACCAUGACACCUCCCCAUACCGAUGGGGUGGCAAGUCCGACAUAGACUUGGCAGUGGAUGAAAAUGGAUUAUGGGUAAUCUAUGCAACAGAACAGAACAAUGGCAAGAUUGUCAUUAGCCAGUUGAACCCUUACACCCUACGGAUUGAGGGGACAUGGGACACUGCCUAUGAUAAAAGGUCAGCUUCCAAUGCAUUCAUGAUUUGUGGGAUUCUGUAUGUGGUCAAAUCUGUAUAUGAGGAUGAUGACAACGAGGCCACCGGUAAUAAGAUUGACUACAUUUACAACACUGACCAAAGCAAGGAUAGCUUGGUGGAUGUACCCUUUCCCAACUCUUACCAGUACAUAGCAGCUGUGGAUUACAAUCCCAGGGACAAUCUGCUCUAUGUGUGGAAUAACUACCACGUUGUGAAAUACUCUUUGGACUUCGGGCCUCUGGAUAGUAGAUCAGGGCCGGUACAUCAUGGACAAGUCUCCUACAUCUCUCCACCAAUUCACCUCGACUCUGAACUAGAAAGGCCCCCUGUCAGAGGGAUUUCUACCACAGGAUCCCUGGGUAUGGGAAGCACGACCACCAGCACCACCCUCCGGACCACAACCUGGAACAUAGGCAGGAGUACCACCGCAUCCUUGCCGGGCAGAAGAAACCGCAGUACCAGCACGCCAUCCCCCGCGGUAGAGGUGCUGGAUGACGUCACCACACACCUGCCCUCGGCAGCCUCCCAAAUCCCAGCUAUGGAAGAGAGCUGCGAGGCUGUGGAAGCCCGAGAAAUCAUGUGGUUUAAGACCAGACAGGGGCAGGUAGCAAAGCAGCCAUGCCCAGCAGGAACCAUAGGUGUAUCAACUUACCUAUGUCUUGCUCCUGAUGGAAUAUGGGACCCCCAAGGACCAGAUCUCAGCAACUGCUCUUCUCCUUGGGUCAAUCACAUAACACAGAAGCUGAAAUCCGGAGAAACAGCUGCCAAUAUUGCCAGAGAGCUAGCAGAACAGACAAGAAAUCACUUGAACGCUGGGGACAUCACCUACUCUGUCCGUGCCAUGGACCAGCUGGUUGGCCUCUUGGAUGUCCAGCUCAGGAAUUUGACACCAGGGGGAAAAGACAGCGCAGCCCGCAGCUUGAACAAGCUUCAGAAAAGAGAGCGCUCUUGCAGAGCCUAUGUCCAGGCGAUGGUGGAGACAGUUAACAACCUCCUUCAGCCACAAGCUUUGAAUGCCUGGAGAGACCUGACGACAAGUGAUCAACUGCGUGCGGCCACCAUGUUGCUUGACACUGUGGAGGAGAGCGCUUUCGUGUUAGCUGAUAACCUUUUGAAGACCGACAUUGUCAGGGAGAAUACAGACAAUAUUCAGUUAGAAGUUGCAAGACUGAGCACGGAAGGAAACCUAGAAGAUCUAAAAUUCCCAGAGAACAUGGGCCACGGAAGUACCAUCCAGCUCUCAGCAAACACAUUAAAGCAAAAUGGCCGGAAUGGAGAGAUUAGAGUGGCUUUUGUCCUGUAUAAUAACCUGGGUCCUUAUUUGUCUACGGAGAAUGCCAGUAUGAAGUUGGGCACAGAAGCUAUGUCCACAAAUCACUCGGUUAUCGUCAAUUCCCCUGUUAUUACAGCAGCAAUAAAUAAGGAAUUCAGUAAUAAAGUGUAUUUGGCUGAUCCUGUGGUAUUUACUGUUAAACACAUCAAGCAGUCAGAAGAAAAUUUCAACCCUAACUGUUCAUUUUGGAGCUAUUCCAAGCGCACAAUGACAGGUUAUUGGUCAACACAAGGCUGUCGACUCCUGACAACCAACAAGACACAUACUACAUGCUCCUGUAACCACCUCACCAACUUUGCAGUAUUGAUGGCACAUGUGGAAGUUAAGCACAGCGAUGCAGUCCACGAUCUUCUUCUGGAUGUGAUCACGUGGGUUGGCAUCUUGCUGUCCCUUGUCUGUCUCCUGAUUUGCAUCUUCACAUUCUGCUUCUUCCGGGGACUCCAGAGUGACCGCAACACCAUUCACAAGAACCUCUGCAUCAGCCUGUUCGUGGCAGAACUGCUCUUCCUGAUUGGAAUCAACAGAACCGACCAACCAAUUGCCUGUGCAGUGUUCGCGGCUCUUUUGCAUUUCUUCUUCUUGGCGGCCUUCACCUGGAUGUUUCUAGAAGGGGUGCAGCUGUAUAUCAUGCUGGUGGAGGUCUUUGAGAGCGAGCAUUCCCGUAGGAAGUACUUUUAUCUGGUCGGCUAUGGGAUGCCCGCGCUCAUCGUGGCCGUUUCUGCGGCCGUCGACUACAGGAGCUACGGAACAGACAAAGUAUGUUGGCUUCGCCUUGACACCUACUUCAUUUGGAGUUUUAUAGGACCGGCGACCUUGAUAAUUAUGCUGAAUGUCAUCUUCCUUGGGAUUGCUUUAUACAAAAUGUUUCACCAUACUGCCAUACUGAAACCUGAAUCAGGCUGUCUUGACAAUAUCAACUAUGAGGAUAACAGACCCUUCAUCAAGUCAUGGGUUAUAGGUGCAAUAGCUCUGCUCUGCCUGUUAGGAUUGACCUGGGCCUUUGGACUCAUGUAUAUUAAUGAAAGCACAGUCAUCAUGGCGUAUCUCUUCACCAUUUUCAAUUCUCUACAGGGAAUGUUUAUAUUCAUUUUCCACUGUGUUCUACAGAAGAAGGUACGGAAAGAGUAUGGGAAAUGCCUCCGCACGCAUUGCUGUAGUGGGAAAAGCACGGAGAGUUCGAUUGGCUCAGGGAAAACAUCUGGUUCUCGAACUCCAGGACGGUACUCCACAGGCUCGCAGAGCCGGAUUCGGAGAAUGUGGAAUGACACUGUCCGAAAGCAGUCAGAGUCGUCCUUCAUCACCGGAGACAUAAACAGCUCAGCAUCGCUCAACAGAGGAGCCAUGGCUAAUCAUCUUAUAAGCAAUGCUCUGCUUCGUCCGCAUGGUACUAACAAUCCCUAUAAUACAUUGCUUGGGGAACCGGCGGUCUGUAACAACCCUUCUAUCAGCAUGUACAACACACAAGAGCCCUACAGAGAGACAAGUAUGGGAGUAAAGCUAAACAUUGCAUAUCAAAUAGGGGCUUCUGAACAAUGCCAGGGAUACAAGUGUCAUGGAUACUCUACCACUGAAUGGUAACCAUGGCAACAGUUACAGCAUUGCUGGCGGCGAAUACCUGAGCAACUGUGUGCAAAUUAUAGACCGUGGCUAUAACCACAACGAGACCGCCCUAGAGAAAAAGAUCCUAAAGGAACUCACUUCCAACUAUAUCCCUUCAUACCUGAACAACCACGAGCGCUCCAGCGAACAGAACCGGAAUAUGAUGAACAAACUGGUGAACAACUUAGGCAGCGGGAGUGAAGAUGACGCCAUCGUCCUGGAUGACGCCGCGUCCUUUAACCACGAGGAGAGUCUGGGCCUGGAACUCAUUCACGAGGAAUCCGAUGCUCCCUUGCUGCCCCCGAGGGUUUACUCCACGGAUAACCACCAGCCACACCAUUACAGCAGGAGGCGGUUCCCCCAGGACCACAGCGAGAGCUUCUUCCCUCUGCUAACCGACGAGCACACAGAAGACCUGCAGUCACCGCACAGGGACUCUCUGUACACCAGCAUGCCAGCCCUGGCCGGCGUGCCCGCUGCAGACAGUGUGACCACCAGCACCCAGACCGAAGCCGCAGCGGCCAAGGGUGGUGACGCCGAAGAUGUUUACUACAAAAGCAUGCCAAACCUGGGCUCCAGAAACCACGUGCACCCGCUGCACGCCUACUACCAGCUGGGGCGCGGCAGCAGCGACGGAUUCAUAGUUCCUCCUAACAAAGAUGGGGCCUCUCCGGAGGGGACUUCCAAAGGACCCGCGCACUUGGUCACUAGUCUAUAGAAGAUGACACGGGGAUGGCAACCAACAGGACUGCUAACACCUGGUGGACCAUUCUGAGUCGAUAGAAGCAGUGGUCAUCGUGUGUACUCCGACAUCUGAUGCUGUUCUCGAAAGAGAGACUCUCUGACAAUUUUUUUUUAACUUGAAUUUUUAGGUCAGCCCAGGGGAGAAAGCUAACUGCUGAGCUCCUCCUGUGCCCCAAUCUUUCCCAGUCCUUUCCCCUCAGAUGGAGACUUCAUUAUGUUAAUGAACGAGAUAAGAAGAAAAUGGCGCUCAUUGUGGCCUUGUUGAGUUAUGUUGUGUUUGUUUAACAUCUCUGAUGCUCUGUUACUAGAAUUACAAGGACCUGAUUUUUUUGUUUCUUUGUUUUUUUUAAAAAAAACAAAAACAGAGGCCAGAACUAUUGUUUGAAAUUAGUAACAAUGCUGCAUCUAGAUUGGAGUGCUGCCCAGCCAUAGAAGCAGAGCUGAACAGUAUCACAUAGCGAUUCAUGGUCACUCGCAACCUGAGUUCACCACAGCGGGAAUAGCUGUGAGAAACACAAGCAAAACAACAAAAUUAAUAAUCUGACGGAGGGGAAUUCUAGAAUUAUAUGCUAAAUGCAUAUUUUAUGAUUUGCUGUAUUAACUGAUGAUAAAACUAAUGGCAGAAAACAAAUUGAACAAUUUCUAUGUAAUGUACAGAUACUAGCAUUGCGCAUAUAGUCUGCUUUCUGUUCCUCCAGAAUUUGAGUCCUGUUAAUGUAGUGGCAAAGAAGAAAGUUUCUUUUUCUUUUGUGUUAGUCUUGCAAGUUUGUCUACCAGUAAAAGAGCAAAGUUUCCUUCCUUUCUUGUUUUCUUUUUAUUUUUUCUUUUGUUCCCUCUUCCCUCCCACCUUUUUUUUUCUUUAAAAAUUCACCUGGCAAAAAAAUAAUAAUAAUAAAUAAAUGAAGCUAUCACUUUAUAAGAAUCAUUUUCUAGUAAUGCAAACAAAUUAUUUUUUAACAAAAAAAUAAAAUAAAAUAAAUAAAAUUAGACUUCCUUCCCUCGCUAUAUAUCUAUCUUUAUCCAGCCCGAGUAUUUCCAACGUCAUUUUGCAAAUUAGAACAGGACAAAUUUUAUGUUUCCGGGGCACAUAUGUUGUAUUGCAAAGCAUAUUUGGCAAGCAGUUCAUCACCAAGGCAGUAGCUAUGAUUCUAGAAGCUAAGAGGUGUCUAUAGAGCUAGACGGGCUUCUGCAUGUGAAAUGCUGUAUUCCAUAGGAGUUAAAAGUGCUGACUGAGCAGUCUGACCCCCACGUGGGCACCUGCACUACCAGUUGUUAGAGGAAAUUCACUCCCUCCUAGUGAGAGUUGAAAGGUCAAAUUAUUUUGAAGACAUUUUUUUUUUUUAAAGUUUUCUGUUAACAGGAAAAUUUAUUUAUUUGACAGGAUUUUAAGUAAUGUAGGAAUACAAAUGGUAAAUUAGCAGCACAUAUAAUUUUUUUUAAAUUUAUGAUCCAUUUUGUAUGGUCUCAAGUUGGAUGACCUCAUUACUAAUAUUUGUUGUAAAAGUGAAACUUGUUUGCCGACCAAUAAACAACUGAUUGAGAUUUAGAAGAGAUUGCUUUGACGUAUGUACUGUAUUAUCAAGUCCUCUUUUGACUUUUCUUGCCUUUCCUUUUCUCUGAUUUUCAGAAUCUAAACUCUCUUUAACCUUUGUGACCCAAGUGAGCAACACACACACACACACACACACACACACACACACACACACACACACACACAAACACACACACUAUAUCUGACUUGAAUAUCCAAACACAGCAUGGUACAGGUUUUUGCAGACAAACUGGACCAGGAAAAUGGGAUGGGCUGAAGCCAGGUACAUAGCUCCCAGUCAAGUGGAAUAACAAAGGUCCUGUGUACUUUCUUCAAACCCAUCUCUCCUCACUAGGCUUUUGACUAAAGACAGUUAUGCAGUGGUUUAAAUAUCACAUGAGAUGCAAUCAUCUCCCUGUCCCCUUUUUGUGGAGAAAUUUGUAAAUUUAAAUUUCCUCAGUUGGCUAAGAAAUGCAAUAGUAAUAGGAAAGAGGUUAUUCAUUGCACAAGAAGAGUUUAAGACCUUUAACACCAACACAGAGCGUUGGUUUCUUUAUGGCAACCUCAAACAAAAUUUGUUGUGUUGAUUCUUGUCCUCCAUCCCUCUGACUCCCCUUCUGUGGCCUCUGACACCUCACCCUGUCCCUGCUGUACCCUUCCCACCUUCAUGCCACAUAUGUAAGACUGUUUUACAUUAUUUUCAUCUUCUUCAAUGUUUGGGGGGGGGGGAACGGACAAAAAUAAUUCCUUCAAAAGAACUUUCUAGAUCAUGCUGUUCCUAUACGACCAGUAUCGAAGGAACGAGUAUUUUCAAGGAGCCCCAUGUAGAAUAAAGCUCAAAUGAACUUUCCAAACUGUAUUUUCUCUUGUGGUAUAUCCUUAGGCUUACUUUACAAAAGCCUACCCAAUAGCUAUCUAUAAAUGAUAUCUUAAAUCAAGGUGAGAGGCGUUGAGAGUCACCCAUAGACACUAUAAAGUCUGUGACAGAAGAAAUUGUGCCAGGCCAGAGCACCCAUUUGUUAAUCUGAAAGAAUCCAUGGAUCAUUCCAUUUUAGUCAGCUGGUGGCAAUAUUUUCUUGAAAUCCAUAGACAUUUUAAUUUGGAGGAGAAGCAUAAGCAUUAGAAGUAAUCACUUUUCUUACUCUAUGCCUUGAGAUUUUACCAAUCUUACCAACAUUACUGAUAACCUAUAUACUGAUAACCUAUAUUUGGUAAUUUUUUUUUUAAAUCCCUCUGUGGGCAAAUCUAACGAAGCCUCAGAACUAAGGCUCUGUUUGCAGGCUGCAGGUAGUUGUGCUUGGUUUAAAAAACAGUAUUCCCAAGUGAAAAUAUCAGUAAAAGGUCAGCUUCAUGGAAUAGUGGGGAAACGACUUCAGUUCAGGUGUUGAGUUGUCCCAUGCUCAGGCUUAACUACUUUCCUAUACAUGGUACUUUGUGUUUCAUUACCCAGAAUUUGAAACAGGUAACCUUCCCGUUUGUUCUGGGAACAAACUGAAGAAAGAUCACUUGAGUACAUAUAUAAAAUCGCAUAUAAGGCCUCUGCAUAUUGUGUGUUAACUUUGCACUUGCCUCAAGAUGAAAGGGCCGUUGUAGAUCUCUCAUAUAUCAGAAACGAAGUGCUUCAGAAAGUCGAGCUGCUUUGCUAUGUGACUCUAAUUAAACAAAAGGAAGAGUAGGUAAAGUAUUUAACUGUGCGUCACUUCAGUAGAAAUUUGUGUAUCCAAUUACUCCUGAUUAUAGCAGCUCUAUGAGUUUCUGACCCUCUCUUCCACCUGACAUUCCAUGUAAAGAAACUGAUCCAUUUAUGCUAUUCACUUUUUCUUUGUUCUAGAACCUUUUGUCGAUUCUAGGUGUUCAGUACCCAAUGGCAUUCAUUGAUAGGCUUAUUUGCAUAGUUUCCAUGAAGUAAAUUUCUACCAAACAGACUCACUGUACAUACAUGGCACAUUAUUUAGCCAGUUGAGAAAGUCAUGUAAAUGAAACAAGCCAAUUAUUGCUUCCUAGUAAAUAAUAUUUUUGUAAUAUUUUACGCUUGAAGUUUUUACCUCUUUGAGGUCUUAAGUAGUGAGAUACUUUGUCAGGGCACUAACUAAAGGACCUCAGGUUUAAUCAAUUCUUGUAUUGAUGGCUUGUUGCAUAGCCAAGGUUGUUAAUUAUAUAAGUAAAUAGAAAUUCAAAGAAGAAAAUUGGUUGGAAUUCAGUUACAUUUCGUGAGCAUCCUUCUUUGUUUUUAACAGUAAAUUUGAACACAUGGGAAAUAAAUACUAGAAUACUCUUAGUGAGUAAAAUUAAUUGGCAAGAGAAUAAUCACAAUUAUAUUAAAAUAAAAAUAAACAGCAAAAGCAAAGGCAGCUAAUUAAGUUAAUCAUAAUUUCCUAUAAAAAAAACCCAUGGUGGUUCCAAAUUAAAACACAGUUUAUGAUCUAUGCUGUUUUUAAGACCACCUCUACAAUUUAAAAGUUAAUACACUAAAAAAAUUCUUUAAAAAAUUAGGCUUUUAAUCUUGAGUGUUAAAAGUGUGAUGAAGCUCUGACUUAAAUUAUAACUUUAAAAACAUUUGUCAGUGACAGACUGUAGUUUUGUAAGAAGGGGGAAGAAAGCUUUUGUCUAACAAGUAACUCUGAACUGAAUUGUAUCCACGCUACAGGAAUGAAGUAUUUAGUUUUUUAGGUUGUUAAUUAACACUGUAUCAAACUCCCAGUACUUGAGAUAUAUUUUGUUGGAAAACAAAAACCACCAAUAAAACAAACAAAAAAAAAAGCCACUUUAACUAUAAAUGAAUGUCAACUUACAUGUAAAGUGUCAAAAAUAAACCAUCUGAAUUUAUAAUCUAAUUUUAAGUGGGACAUUGGCAUUAAUGUUUUACUCUAAGAAAAAUAAUUGGUAUAAAAUACUAUAUACAAGCUUCCCAAUAUAUUAUAUUUAGAAUACAAAGAUUUAAUUGCUCAGGUUUAGAAUAUCAUAAUCUGUCACAUAAACAAUUACUAUGCAUUCCUAAUUAGAAUCUAUAUAUUAGAUCUCUGCAUGUCAAAUUUUAGGAAGUUGAAGACACAAAAGGGACACAAGUACACACAAAACAGAUUUUUGGAAGCAUUUUUCUACAAAUGAAUUCUAUGUAGAAAAACUUUUUUAGAGUUCAUAAAAUAGAUUCCAAAGACUAAACUCAAUUUUGUAAUCAGGAUAUUUGUGUGUCUUAUACCAUUUGAAAAAUAUGGUUUUAGACAUCUCAAAUUUCAUUUAUAAUCCAAAAGCUAUAGCCAGUUGCUAUAGGUGUUUGUGUCCAUAGAGGACAUUUAUUUAAGGCAAUCAUUUACCUCGAUGAUAUCAUGUUUGCUUUAAAAGGGAAAGCGGUCUUUAAAUUGUCACCUGUUUAUGUGUUUACACAGUCUAAUUUUUAAUAAGAUUUCAGAGGAAGUAACUCUUUUACAAGUUUUCACUUGUGGUAUUUUCCAAUUAGGUAGUUUUGUAUAUUCUCAUUUUAAGUAAUUACUUUAGUCUUUUUAUUUAAAUUACAAUCAUUAGUUUGCCUCUAGCACUUUUAAGUUACUAUUAAAAUGUCUCAGUCCAAAUAUGUUUUUGAUCCUUUACCUGUUUUACCAGUAUAUUGAUUAUUCUUCUCUCCAUUUAUAGCUCUGCACCCACACACCCUUGUAGAACAUGAUAAAAGUAAGUGGAAAACUGAUUUAUGUGAAUCAAGGAACAGCUCACAGACGCCAUCUUCUUUUAACCAGCCAGGAUUUUCUUAAACAUAGUAUGAAUUUUUUCCCAACUACACAAAACUGACAUUAGAAUUUUAGAGAAAAGUUUUAGGGAAAAGUGGUGAAAUGGCUUAUGAUAAAAAGCUGUUGUACCUAAAACUACUGAUGUAUUAAAAGAUGUAAAUUCACAUACUUUCAUAAUUUUAAUACCACAGAAAAUACAACAUGCUUUUAGCCAUUCUUUUGUUUGUUUGUUUGUUUUAGAUAUUUCUUACCUGGUUAGAUCUUGUUGCACAGAAAUGUAAAUACUUCAUAAAAGUUUCUAAAAUGUAAGUAUUUUACAUCAACUCACCUUCACCUUCUGAUCUGCUAUUGAGCACCAACACACUUAAUGCUAACCGAGGCUUUUUUUUUUUUUAUGAAUCUCUCUAGUAAACAUUGAAUUCAUAUUAGAAGUAUAUGCAUUAUGCAAAAUAAUUGACAACCAAUAGUCUCAUUACAAAAUAAUUUGGCAUUUAUAUAUAAAUGCUAUUGACCUACCAAAUGACCACCAUGCUGACAGUCCUGUCUUCUACCACUGGAGUCACUUCACACAAUUCUGCAUAGAGCUGUACAUAUUCUGGACUGCUAAAAUAUCUAACAUUACAAAGCUUCAGAAUGGAUCCCCAGUGCUUCUUCCAAGGUAGAAAAGUGAAGGGAAGAUUUUGAAGGAGGAAGUAAUCCAGGCUUCGAGAGAUCUGACUUAGUCAUUGUUCUUGAGACCCAAUAGUUUAAUGUUGACGUGCUAUGAUCUUUGAACUAAGGAGGAAGUUGCAAAAAAAAAAAAUCUAAUUAACCCAGAAGAAUUUAGAUUUGUUUUAUUAGCCAACACUGCAAAUAUUCUUAUUAUGUGAAUCAGAAAUAGCUUCUUAAGGUAACUGUACAAACCUUAAAAAUUGCUUUGUUUCUGCUGUUCGAAACAGGGAAAUUGCUCCUGAUACCCUUAUUGAUUGACUUCAGAAGAUGUCUCACGAAAGUAGAGAAUCAUGAUACUGAGGAGCAGUGGGGUUCUUCAGAGUUGUAGCACAGUGGCUAGAAAAGUGUAGCCACUAAUACUAAAAGCCAAUUAUCAUUAUACAGUAUUGCUUUCAAUGUCUCAAAUUCCAACUAAUGGCUGAUCAUUUCACUGACAUUUUGAAUCACAAAGGACAAAUAAAAUCACUGAAUGCUUUGUUUUCAUACCCCAGUGAAAAGUAAAGAUAUGCUUUUCCAUCCUAAAUAAUAAAGAACCGUGGUGUCCCACAGAGUUGUAGAUAGCUGGAUGUGUGUGUGUAUGUGUGUGUGUGCUUUGUAGAUAUGUCUCUGUCAUCUAUGUAUUCUAACACUGAUGCUAAUAUUCUAACAUCUAAUAUUUCCUGGAAACUAUAAAUUCAAAACCAGUAGAACCAGAUUUUUCUCCCUCAGCUUAUGUGAACACUUUGGGACAGGACAGAUAAUUGGGAAAGUUUUUCAUAUUUGUUUUUCUUCUUGACAAGAUUUUCAUUUAAUUUAAUACAUGUCUCUUAAAAAUAGUUUCUUUUGAAGACUAACAACUAAUCGAGCUACUCCUCCCUGAUAUGAAAAAUCACUUUUAGAAGUAAAUACGUAGCUAUUGCAACAUUGGUCUCAGAGAAUUGCCCUAGGUUCACAUAUAACCCUCUUCUGGCCAUACACACCAAUAAAUUUUAAGGCACUGGAUCCCCACUUCGCUCUUGUUCAAUCCUUUUAUCCUUUUUUUUUAAUGCUUUGUACAAUCACAUGUAAAACUAUGAGCUACAAAACUCAAUAAAAUAUCAGUAAACAA